UACACUGGGCUCCGCCCCAAGAAAGCUGUCAACUGGAAACGGCUUCGAUGCGGCUGUGGCUGCAGUGAUUGCUUUAAACUCGAUAGGUUCCUCACUGACCCCAACGAACGGGUAUGCCAUUUCCCGGUUUCCAAGCAAAGGCGAUACCAUCUACAUCUCCAGUUGGACGGUGCAGACUGCACCCAUUUGACAGACCGUCGGGGCUCACCCCAGACUCUUGUUGUGACAAAAACAGGGAGAAGACACGGCACGGAUUUACAGGAAUGGAGAAGGUUGAUUGUGGAGUUCAAUGAGGAAUUGCACAAGCUGGCGGAGCUUAUCGACAUGAAGGAGGUGCUCGGAGAAGAAUUUGUGGAGUAUUUGAUCAAGCCUGCGAUAGGUCUACCGGGAAGUGAGAACGACAGCAUCCUUUUUCCAGCGGAAGGAUCAGCGGCGAGACCGGUACCGACCCAGGUACAAGCGCAAGGACAUAACAUGGUUCCUCUUCCUGCUCCUAGAGCCCUGGGCGAGCCAACCAUUUUGCCACCUCCCUCUACUCUCCCGAGGCCGACAUUGACACCUCCACAAGUCCCUGGAGUUUCGCUUCCUGCAAUCAAGUCAGAAACAGAAGGGAACUUACUGGCUUCGCUUCCGCCAUUUCUAGAGCCACGGGCACACUCGUCUAUGGGCCGGCCUUAUCCAUAUCCAAGCUCGCAAUCAUUGACACCCAUCAAUGGCAGCUCAAGCACGCAGGCACCGCCUGCGCCGAUGUCAGAUGUGUCGAGACGCAUCUCCCAACAGUUCAGGCGGCCUAGGCCCGGCAGGAACAGUGAGGAGACACGAACGGGCGUCAAACGGAAAGCGGAGGAAGACAUCGAAGUCAUCGACCUCACUGGUGAAUGACGGCGUGGAAGUGUUGAAUGUUAGAUGCCGAUGCAGGUCUGAUGCAAUUCUUCUGUUUCUAUCACCAUUUCAGUCCUUGCUCGUACCCAAAAGGGUCAACGACGGCCU